AACAGCCUCAUUCUGUGUUUGUGAAGGAACACAAAGGACGAAAAUGAAUGCGGAAGAGAUCCAAAAUGCUUCGGCAAUUAGAAAUAAUGAAGACACAAAUGUUGCAAAUGGAAUCUCCAGUGAAGCAAAUGAAGGUUCCGAGGGAGAACUGGUGGUGAUUACUGAAGAAAGUGACCAUGAUCCUAAUGGUGGUUUGGCUGAAUCAUCUUCCACUGGACGAUCAUUAAACGCGCCAUUUCAGGAUAGCGCUUUAACUUGUGUUUGCAACCGUGGCAACCGCGCUUUCGCUUAUGGAAGAACUGAGAGAUGUUCUUUAUGCGGAAAGUAUGUUGAUGUAAAAAUUCCUAAGAAUGGAGAAAUUUCAGACAGGGUUUCGGAUGAAGAAUCCGCCACUUCUUCAGCAAAUAACCUUCAUUUGACCCUUGCAAGAGGGAUGCAAUCGGUACCAGAAACCCACGAGACAUUUCACGAAGUUCCAGCGGCUUCAACAACAAACAGCGCGAAUAUAGAUACAAGCGCUGGAGGUCCCGUGAUCCAAAGCGGAAACGUUCCAGUAGAAGGUUUCUCAGACUCAUCAAUACUACUCCCAUGCCCACCACAGCAAUUUCAACUCUUCGUUUUAAGAGAAGAUCCUCCAUCUUUAAAUGAAAUGACCAUUUCAGUAUACUGUAUGGAACAAUCAAAGCAGGGCAAUGUGGGUUUGAUGAUACAGCAGCUACAACGCAACCGAGACUCCAGCUUUCAAGCUGUUUCAUGUGGCGAGGAAUACUCCUCCCAAAGAGAACAUAAACAUUUCCACUCUCUGAACAUCGAAAAUGAUCUACAAAUAAGAUUUGAGUUGCCAAGAGAGGGAAACUUUAGACUGCGGUUGGAGCAGGAAAUCACCCAGGUUCCACUGGCUCGCAUAAUGUCCUUAAACCACAACAGAAUCCUUAGCUCAAUUGCUCGAGUACAUGUAGAGCCUCUCGGUGAACCUGGAGAACUGUUGGAGGAACAUUUAAGAAUGACGCUGGAGCAUGGGACAACCUCUCAAAGGCUGUUAAUACCAAUAUGGUCUGCCAGACCAUCUGACUCCAGAUAAAAAAGUUUCCUGCAUCUGCUAUUGUUGGAGGAUUGCCUGUGAACACCAAAGUCAACAGUAGACACCACCAAUAAUGCUUUGACUAGUUUUAGAUAAUUAAUACUCGCUCUGUUGUAAAGUUCACAGGUAAAAGGAGCUACGUCACAGUACAUGAAUCUCUAUAAUUACUCUUCAGUCAACUUUUAGUAUGGAAAUCGUAGACAGGAUUCGUAACAGACAUCGCAACAGUCUCUAGACAACAUGAUUUGAAACAAACUCAGCUUAAGAGGUCAACAGGCCAAUACGAGAUACCACUACUUUAUUUCAGUUAGUUUUUUGAGUAUGUCUGGACUAUUUUCAGUUUUUUUCUUAUUUUCUGUGACCUCUCUCCUUCCUUUUCAUCUAACUUUUUCGCUUUUAGUCUGUUACAUUUGACUGUUUUCUCAACAAAGAAAACGGCUCAUCACAGCAAAAAAACUCGAAAGCAAUGUGACGUAGCACCUUAACAGAGGUCAAAAGACUAACAAAGGGUAGAAUAAUGUCUUGCAUGAUUACCGAAAAAAGGCAAACCAAACAAAAAAAAUGUAGAAAACAGAAGUGUCUUUUUUCUUUAGGCCCGAUCGUAGAACACACACACACACAAAAAUUGAUUUAAGAUUUCUUCUCACCUUAUCUGCAAGAGUGAGAGUAAAACAGUCCAUAUCUUUGUUCACCUUGGGAAAUUGAGUGACAAAAGCAACAGUUCAGCUUUCAAAUGAAAGAUUUUUUCGGAAAAAAGGCCCAAGUGACUUCUGAUGAACUGGUGCAAUGGGGUUCUGGUUGCAUUACGUAUGCACACGAAAUAAUCGACUGAAGACGUUGAUUGAAAACAAGAAUUCAUAGGGACCUUUUCCAAAGAUCUCUGCGAUGAUUGUCAGGGUAAAAUCGCUAGGCUACAUGAAAGCAAAGCAAUUCCCGAGAGCAAUCAACAAGUUUUCGAAAGAGUAACACUGUGUUAGAAAAUCUAAAUUUGCCUUUUUGAGAAUUCCAAACUGCCCCCUUUAAGGUGGACUAGAUUUGACCAAAACCUAGGAUAUAUCAGUAUGGAAUUCUCAAAAGGGACAUAAAGGUGGCUGAUAACAAUCUAUCACAGAUCUUUAAAAAAAUUGAAUAUGACACCACCACCCAAAAUAGGAUUUGUGAAAUAAACGGUAAAGCACUUUUGUAUCAGGGAAGUAGUCACUAUCAUUUUUAUGACAAAACAGCUUACCCAAAACAUAUCACAAUUUGCUAACAGUGGUGAGUAAAGGAAACCUAAAGAAAAGUUUUCCCAGACGGACCACAAUGAUUAACCCAAAAUAGAAGUACAUGUAGCAUGAACUGAAGAGUGGGUGGUGGUGUCAUGAAAUCUGAUAAUCAAAAGAUCUGCGGAUUGUUGCAGCCAACAUAGAGCCUGGUGUAACCUAAGCAAUAUUAUCACCACUAACUAGCAGUGACUAUAUUGCUUUGACUACACUAGGCUUAGAGCUGUCAGUAUAAUAAGCCUUCACUUAAAUGUACAAACUGGUUUAACUGUUAUAAGAUUAUUGUUCUAUAGAUUUAAUUACCACAACAAUACUGUAAUCCCUUUCUUUGUUUAGUAUAUAUUUAUCAUAAUUGUUAAGUUUGGCUUUUAGGUCUGACAGCUGCAUAAAUUCAUGACAUUCUUCCUUGACCUUGACAAUAUGAACACUUCUUAUCAAGCCAUUCUCUAAUUCACGUUUAGUCUAGAUUCAAAAAUUUGCUUUUGUAUGCUUUAUCAGACUAGAUUACAGUCCCUUGUAAUUGGCCCUGUUAAGCCUCAUAGUUUUGCAAACUUUGUCAAUCCUUGCCAAAAAAUUACUUAGAAGUAAGGUUAUGAACAGGCCCUGGAUGAAUGUCAUGUAUUUGUGUCACUUGUACAUAGUUUGUUUACAAUGUAUAUAAUAUGCAUGGUUUACUCACACUCAGAAAAUCAAGAACAUCUGAAAUAUAACCAAAUUUCUCAAUGUGCUCUAACAAGUCAGAUAUAUUUCAGUCAGAAAGCAAGUGAAAACGAGAGAACCACACGUUAAUUACUGCUCCACCUUAUAAUUAACAUAUCCCACCCAAAACAAGAAAUAUUUUCGGUGUUCAUUAUUUUCUGAAUAUGAUAGUAACCAUUAGACAGCCAGGUCUGAGCAAGACCAAGUAAUUGUAACAAUUCUGUAUCUAAGCUUAUAUGCUGACCUUGAAGACGAUCAUUUUUGUGUCAAGUGGGAAUGUGAUUUUGAUCUAUCUUUUGGCUUGAUCAUUUAAAGGCAUGUUAACUUUAUUUCAUAGCGCAAUUUUUUUUCACAGGUCGGCAUGUAAUUUACAUCUCAGGUCAGCAUAUUUUAUACUAUAUAAUUGUUUGGUAUUUACAAGUGAACAAUAGACAUGUUUUGAUUAUUCUUAUCUUAAGUCAUUAAGAGAAAAUAAGUAAUUAACACUUUCCUUCCUUCUUCAGACUUGGCUGUUGUAUAUAAAACUAAGGGAAAUGACAGGGUCACAUGAGAUUGCAAAUUUAUCUUCUUUCUUUGAUGAUGUCUCUCAUUUGUUUCUAUCACUCAAGAAAAUAGUAGUUUGCAUUCCCAAGUAGCCAAUAUCCCACAGGUAUUGAUGAAUUAGCUUACUGUGACAAUGAGUUUUAAAUAUCUGGGUUGAUGUCACUUCUCUGGCUUAGCUUCAUUCAUUGAAAAGAAAGCAAACACAAAAAAUACAUAGACACACAUUUCAUUUUUCAAUACCAUUUAGCAGUAACAGGAGAAAUCCAAGAAGUUCAUCAAUAUAUGUGCGAUGUUAAUUUCCUUGUAAAAAAAUUACUGUAAGGUUUUAGUAUAGUAAAUGAAGGGUAUGCACACAAUAGGAAUGUAUUGAUAAACUCUGCUGUGAAAGUACCUGGCUCUUUCAAUUUUUCUGCCCUUUUCAAUACAUGCAAACUAUAGAGUUGGAGAUGAUAACUGCAUAUGUUUCAUGUUGCCAACUAUCAUGAUGCAGACUUCUUGGUGGACAGGUGUGUCAUCAUGCUGCACACAAAAGGUCAUUUCCUGAGAAAGGAUGGGAUAAAGGGCAGACUUUUUAAAUUCUAGUCAGCAGCCUGAAUGAAAUUGUAAGUCUUGUUCUGAGCCUUAAAGUUUGCAUGUUAUUGAAAAGUGCAGGAAUCAAAACAACAAAAGAUCCUCAAGCAUGAUUGGUUAUCAAUCAACCCCUGCCUUGACUGGCUACAACCAAUUCCAAGUCAUGUGUAUUGUGUUUAUUCCAUUUAUUGUUAACAAAUAAUCAAACCUAUAAAAAUGUAUCUUAACAUUAGUGAGAAUAAAUUGCUGUUGUCAGCAUACUGGAAGUGAAA